AAAACUGUAGGGAUAGAAAGAAGUCGAGCGAAAGGGGGAUCGGAGUGUAAAAUAGAGUGUGCGACUGUGAAAUAGAAUGGCGAAGACGUAUGAUUAUUUGUUCAAGUUGUUGCUGAUUGGUGACUCAGGGGUCGGUAAGACGUGCGUCCUCUUCAGGUUCUCCGAGGAUGCUUUCAAUACGACCUUCAUCUCGACCAUUGGAAUUGAUUUUAAAAUAAGGACCAUAGAAUUAGAUGGCAAGAAAAUAAAAUUACAAAUAUGGGAUACAGCAGGUCAAGAAAGAUUUCGUACAAUAACCACAGCAUAUUAUCGUGGUGCAAUGGGUAUAAUGUUAGUUUAUGAUGUAACCAAUGAGAAAAGUUUUGAGAACAUAAAGAACUGGAUUAGAAACAUUGAAGAAAAUGCUUCGGCGGAUGUGGAGAAGAUGUUAUUGGGCAAUAAAUGUGAGCUCACAGAGAAGCGACAAGUUUCAAAGGAACGAGGAGAACAACUUGCUGUUGAAUAUGGAAUUAAAUUUAUGGAAACCUCUGCUAAAUCUAGUAUCAAUGUUGAGGAGGCAUUUUACACUCUUGCACGAGACAUUAAGGCGAAAAUGGAAAAGAAACUGAAGGAGGCAUCAAACCCACCAAAGGGAGGAGGACAUCAGCUGAAACCAUCCGAGCCACAGAGGAAGCCACCAAGUUGGCUUGCACGGUGCACUAUACUCUGACCCUUCAGCCGGCAUUACCUCGACCGUCACCCACUACUCUUUACCCUCGGUCUCCUUCGCUCGCUGCACGUCGCGAGUACUUCUGUGAUUUUACUCCUUGACGGCCACCUUCGUUUCCCUCCGUCGCUGUCGGUCUCUCUUUUUUACUGAUCACAUAGGAGCUCUUUUUAUCCUGGAGGAGAAACUGUCUUUCCCCUCGCUCUUUCCGUAAAGAAAUUAAAACGACAAAAAAAGUAAAAAAAGAAAAAAAAGGAAGAGGAAGAAGAAGAAAAAAAGAAAAAGAAAAAGAAGAGGACGAAGAAGAAGAAAUGAAAAAAGACACCUUCAAGAAUUUCUCGAAGGGAACGAAUCGCGAAUUGUGAUAAUUUUUGAUAAUUUUUUAAUGACGCUCGAAUACCACCAUAAAUCACAUCGUUUCUACUUGUCACGUUUUUCGUAACGAAGUACCGGGAGUGCAAUUGAUCGAGCAGUCUUUAAAACGCUUGUGUCGCGUAAAAUCGAUAUCAGUAUGUCUGAGGAAGGUUAAUUUUUAACCUUUAGAUCAGUCAAUGAGCAAUUUAGAAACUAAAUCGAUCUUUUAGGAUCGCGCGUCUCAAGUGACGCGCGAUUCUGCUUUUCGUUUCGUCAUGCGAUUCAUACACAUAUUGUUGCAGGCUUUGCUAUAACUGAGAAUAGUAACGAUAAGCUGGAAGUUGGUCACCCGUAGAAGCAAUAAGCAGCCGUUGAUUUGUUUUAAGUGUUAAAUUACAGUGGCUCGUGGAACUGUUUAAAUACUUACCAUGGGGAAUUUUUAUGCGUAUAUUGCAUGUUGUAUGAAACUUAUUUUUAAUGGAGGAUGAGCUUCAAUGUCAGUACAAUAGGAGACGACUAUCAUGAUUAUAUUGAUAACAUGUUUCAAACGAGAAUUAGUAUGCAGUACACGGUUGUCUUUACCAUGAAAUAUCGAAAAUGGUUUAGAUUAGGUUUGAAAUAAUAUCAAGGCCUAUUAUGUAAUAGAUACAUUUGUGAUCUCUGUGAAACAUAAGUAGUUGUAUUGAAUAUCUUUGAUGCACUAAAUAUACUCAUGAUAGUUAGAUCUUGCUACUACAGCGUUGUAAUUUUAAAAAGUUUUGCACAACACAAUAUAUUCAUAAUGUAUUCAUGUCCACAUGCGUUUUGAAUAGUUUCGCAAGCUGCUGUAUGGAAAUUUCUGUUCUCGUUUACACGAUUGUCCGAUAUUCCACGAGUUCAGGAAUUUUGCUUCUCUUUUAUUAAAAUUCGGCUAUAUAUUAAGUCACACAGACAUGGAAAUUAUGAAAUGUUUUUGUAUUUUUGCGUUCGCAUACAAAGUUUCUCCUCCAAGUUUCAAUUAAUCAAGGAGUACGAUCGAUUUUUUAACACGUUUAUUUUUUCCCUUUUUUUUUUUGCAUUCGCUUUAUUUAAACGAAUGAAAAAAGAAAAAUAAAGAAAGAGAAAACGAAAGAAAGGGAUUUCUCUCUCGAGAAAUUUACGAGCAAGAAAUUUCUUCCUUUUUCCCCGAUACAUUUUGAAGCUAUUUGUUUAUAAGACAUUGUAAAAGGAAGACAAAAGAAAAGAAAAUAGAAAAACGAAGGGGGAUGCGAAUAGGUGAACAAUGGGCGGUCAUUUUUUAUAUAUAAAUAUAUAAAUAAAUAUAUGAAAAAAAAUAUAUAUAUAGAUAUGUGUAUACCUGUAUCUAUAUAUAUAUAUAUAUAUAUCUAUAUACACAUCAAGUCAAGUUAGCUUUUUCACCAGAUCGAAGAGGGACUCUUCAUUUAAUUAAUUCAUCGAUUAAUUAGCGCAAAUUCAGAAUUCUAAGAAUAUGAGAAGAAGAAGAGGAGGUUCUUUCGAUAUUUUUCUUUUUAUUUUCUAUCUUUCUCUCUGUUGUUGAAAAAAAAUGACAAAAAAAAGUAACAAGAAAAAAGAUUUGAACACAGACUUCGUCUUCGUUUAAAACGCUUGUUGUAAUAGUUUUUCUUUUUCCAACAGAAACAGGGGGUUCUCUUUUUUGUUGUUUUCCCCUCGGGGAAACGGAGGAAAAGGGACCCCAAUCUGUUUCCACUUAUAUACUUAAAAUAUACGAUUAUUAUAAUACAUUUUAUAUUAAUCCUAUUCGUCUAUUUUUAUUGUAAUAACCUGCCUUUCCUUUGACACGGAGACGCGAUCAAUUUUUUAAUUGUCAUUGUCAAAUGUUAUUAUCGAUUAGUUGCGUACAAUAAUUAUAACGUUACACGAUUCCGUUUAUAAUGUUAUUGAUAUUAUUUAUACGACUACGACGAUUCAACGUCAACUUUUUUUUUAAUCUUAGUAGAUAUAGACGUAAUGCUAUUUAAAAAAAAAAAGAAAGAAAGAAAGAAAGAAACUAUGCAUCACAUACGAAUAAUUUUUCGUUUUUGUUCUUUUCUUUUCUUUUUUUUUUCUUUCUUUUCACCGAAUCGAGAACUCAGAAAAAAACACCCAAUUUCAAUUUCUUAACAAAAUGGAACAAAUUAAAAAUGGCAACGAAUUAACGGCUAAUCUUACAAUCUUAAACUGCUUGGAGCGCAAGGAUGAUGUACAUACAAAAUUGUCAGUAAUUUUUUAACAUGUUUUAUAACGAUAUAAGCAUUGUAAUUUUAUUUCGAAAUAUUUUAUCAAGUCGAAAUAAACCUCUUACUUAUCAGAAUGUAUCGAGAAACCGAAAUGAAAUAAAUGUUGGUAAUCAUCGAA